AUGUCCCAAGUAAGCGGUUCACUCAAAUCCUUUCAGGCUUUCGGCUCCUGGGCGAAACUCGUUCCCGGCGAGAUGAAAGUCCUGGUCGUUCUGGGUUGCAAAUGCAACAUCAGCCUCAUCGCGGCUGUUGCAUCCUCGCCGAUAGUUAAGCCCUGUCCUUGUUGCUUCUAUUGCUCCCCACCUUUGCUUCCCGAGACUGACGCCUUUUCCCUCCGCAGGGGCCGCCGGCGGCAGCGACUGUUCAAGCUGAAGUUCCACCACCAGGCGCUCCCGCCGGAGUACCUUGACCACUACGAAGCCAGCCUCCGUCAGGAGCAGCGCGCUGCGGCCGCCGCCUCCGCCAACUCCUCGCCCGCCUGCACGCCCACCACGGCCCGCCACCCGCGCGAGGCCCUGGGCCCCGAGCCCGCCCCCGCGAGGGAUGCGCCCGAGGGGGGGCUGCAGGGGGGCGUGCCCCGGCGCGGCGGGCGCGGGCGCGGGCGUGCGCAGCGCAACUCCAGGCCGAUCACCAUCCACGAGGCGGGGGCGGGGGCCACGGAGGCGCUGCUCAGAGACCUGCUGACGCGGCCGCACCUGCAGCAGGCGGCGCUGCAGCAUGUGGCCUUGGCCCGCGCCCAGUCCGUGCCCUCCAUCAUGCUGGCCAGCCAGCAAGGGGCGCGCAGCCCGCCCAGCCCCGGAGCGGCCGCCCAGGAAGAGCAGCUGCCGUAUAUGGGCGAGAUGCUGCUGGACGCGCGGCCGCGGCGGGGCAGGAAGCCCAAGAAGGCCGACAUCACGCACCUCAUCUCCAAGAACUAUGGCAUACAUGGCGCUGGCCUGGGCGUCGCCGGGGCCAUGCAUGAGCAAGUGGCCAUGCAACACCCGGACUAUUCUCUGCACCACUUGCAGCAGCAGUUAGAGCAGCAGCAGCAGCAGCAGCAGGAGGAGGAGGCGGCCCGCCGCUACAGCCCCAUGGAGCAGGAGUCCUUGGCGCGCUCCCGCAGCUACAGCCUGCUGCAGUCCGCGCUGGCCGCCGCCGAGGCGCAGGACCAGAGCGAGCCGCUCAACCUGUGCGUGCGCGACCGCCCCUUCAAGUGCGAGCCCGAGCAGGUGCAGGCGCGCGGCCAGGUCGACCUUCCCCGGAUCAAGCUGGAGCCGCCCUCCGUCAUCGAGGAGGAGGAGGCCUCGCGGGGCGGCGAGAUGUGCUCCCCCGACGGCGUGGCGUGGGCGGCGGGCGGGCGGCUGGGCGUGCCCUCGCACUGGCUGCACGACUACCGCCUCAAGACGGAGGACGGCCUCAGCUCGGGCCAGUCCACGCCGUCGUUGUGCUCGCAGUCGUCGCACCUGCCGUCGCUGUCGCCGCCCGCCUUCCCGCACAUGUCGCCGCCGCCGCCCCUCGCCUCGCCCCGCAUGCGCCUCUCGCCGCACCUGAUGGGGUGCCCGCAGUCGCCGCACUCGCCGUCGCCCGUCCCGCCCGCGUCGCCGCUGCCGCCGGGACACCACCACCGCCACGUGCACGCGCUCCUCAAGGAGUCGCUGCAGCAGCGCCUGGAGGAGGCCGCCCGGGAGAGACUCUCGCCGCAGGAGACCCUGCUGAAGGAGCGGGGGCGCGGCGGCAGCGCCCGCGGCGCCGGCGGGGGAGCGCGCAGGAAGCGCUCGGCGCUGUUCAUCCCACCGGCCGACCCGAGCACGGAGGUGAGCAUCUGCAAGUUCAAGUUCACGGGCGGCCCCAACCCCAUUCUGGAGGAGAAGAAGAUGGUGAGCGUGGACGCGGGCGGGACGCUGCGCUACUUCAGCGGCGGCGAGCGCGGCGUGGCCAGGGACUCGCGGGCGGCGGCGGCGCACGUCAAGCUCUCGGGCAAGCUGCUCGACAACAUCACGAAGUGCGAGACGGACGUCAAGAAGAUCCGGCUGGAGAGCGACACGGAGGACACGUGCAGCCUGUCGGGGCUGGGCAGCGCCACCACCUCGCCCGUGGGCACGCUGGAGCGGGGGAUGCAGCCGCCCAUGCUGGCGCCGCCCAUGGAGGACUCACCCAAGAGGAAGCGCCGCUCCAAGAAGUCGUCGGUGCGUGAGAAGCUGGAGCAGACGCUGCGCGAGCGCGGCCUCCUCAUCCAGACGCAGCAGGUGGAGUCGGCCGAGGGCGCCACCUACUGCAAGUUCCGUCAGCUGCGCAAGUUCACCCGCUACCUCUUCCGCAGCUGGAAGGACUAUCUCCCCGGCCAGCUGCAGGAGGGGGGAGUUCCGCUGGACGGCUACAACGACCCUCGUCACCCCGCCUUCCCCCACCACCUGGCCCGCGGCCCCCCCACCCCCGACCACCGCUUGACCUCCUCCGCGCCCCUAACCCGACCCUCGCGCGCGGGCGGCGCUCCGCCACCUCAGCCUACCUGGGCAUUUACACUUCUCUCAUAAGACGGGCUGCUUGUGGGUGGUGGCUGCAGACCCCUCCUCCUCCUCGUUUUCCAUCUUCUCUUCCUCCUCCUCCUCCUCCUCCUCCCUUUCUUCCUACUUCUCCCCCUCCUCCUUUCGACCCCAGGUUGUGACGCACAAAGUACAAGAUCCUCUACUCAUUAGCCAGAGAGCACAGGCUGCUCGCCCUCUCUCCGCCGACCCAGACGUGAACACCGAAGCUUGAUGAGAAAAGGGGGCAUGUGGACUCUCACGAAGUCGCAAAGCAAUGAAAUCUCUCCCCUGAAAUCUGAAAGCUUCAGGUCUGAUUUCCUCCCUCGUGAACGGGUGACGCGUGGCCCCUUUUAUCCCCCCCCCCUCCUCCUCCUCCUCCUCCUCCUCCUCCCUCCUUCCUCUACCAUAUUCCCUCUUUAUACGCUCGCCACCAAGAGUGAAUCGGGAUGAACUUUUAAGUUAUACCAAGAGGGAAAAUAAUGAAUUAAUUAUUCUCCUAUCUCUCUCCCCUUUUUCCCUAUUUUCCCUCUAACAUCCAUUCGUUUUCUAUAUAAUGCAUUUUACCCUGAAUGGAAUGUCUUUCCUUCUUACCUCUUUUUCGCAUUUUUCCCCUCACACACACCUUCUCAUCACUCCUUCUUUCGGGGAAAAUAAUAUGUCCUUUUUUCGUGGUCCAAAGAGGUUGUUCUGUGAACGGGAACCUCACACCUUGAUGAGGAGAUGAGGACUUCCAUGUAUAAAAAAAUAGUUUGACAUAGUUACUCUGUACAUACAAGUUUAAUAUCACCGAUAAGUGUCAAGUCUCCCUCCCGCUCAGCCAAGAGCACCGACGAGUGUUUAUCUCGUGACACUUUUUGCCCCUCCUUCCGUCCCCUCCCUCCUCCCCCUCCCUAACUCACUAGGAUCUCUCCUUCGUCAGACAAACACAACUGCGUCUCUCUCUCUCUCUCUCUCUCUCUCUCUCUCUCUCUCUCUCUCUCUCUCUCUCUCUCUCUCUCUCUCUCUCUCUCUCUCUCUCUCUCUCUCUCUCUCUCUCAUUACGUAUCUCUCCUCUUCCUCUCUUCAUCUCCGUGCCUUUUCUAUCCCUAACGUGAUGUUGUUCCCCCUUUCAACAACCUCCCUCCUCCCCCAUCAAGUCUGCCCUUGGGUAUUUCUCAGAAAAAAAAAAACGUUUCGGAUACGAAAAAAACAAAUCUUGUUAUUAUUGAGUAACUGGAAGAGAGAAAUUCGACAUCGUGUGAAGAGUAGAGUCAUCGACUGUUUGAAGACCUUACUACAGUCUUAAAAAAUAACAAGCAAAAACAACUAGUAAUUUACAGUCUGUUGAAGAAAAUCAUCAAAUAUUACCCUGUGAAAUCGGUUAAACAGUGUUUUCAAUAUUGUUAUAUAUGCAACAAGACAAUUAUCAAAUUCCGAAAACAAACAAAAUACCAGCAAGGACAUUUAAGUGUCUCUUCCAGUCUUCUGUAGUUUACCCGUCAAAUCCAAUUUUCUGUCAUGCAUUCAACGAGAGAAAUGUGCUUUUCAAGGGGUGACUACUCAAAACCAAAAGCGGUGGACGCCUUACACUCUGGAGAUACUCAAGUGGUGACAACGUAACAUCACGUUCGUUAAGUGUUUGUGUCUUUCAUAACCUCAUCUGGAGAAGCGAAUAAACAACUAAUGCUCUUGAAGAAAAAGAAAAUAAGGUCCGAAAUGAACCCUUCUUUUGGGAAAUUUAACAGAAAUCUAAGGAAUGUAAACAGAAACACACGUAUUUAUAUCUUUUUUUCCCCUGUAUGCAUAUUCAAAGCUUUAAAUCUAUUGGCAUUAUCACAUGAACGUUGAGGCUUAAAAUUAUUACAUUUUUGUCAUUGGUUAACCUGCAGUAUUCUGGAAUAAUUGCAGAGAUGCGAGAAUUGGGUGAUAUUCUGGGCCGUAAUUUUGUAUAAAAAAAAAUAAAAAAUGACUUCGUAUAAUAACUUCUCAGGUACAAAUGUUGUGCCAUGGUCAGUUAUUUUGACCCUUUAUGUAGACAUAUCAUUAAUCCAUGUAUUUUAUUUCCUUUCCAUUUCUGAUUCGAGGCAAAAAGGCAAACAAACAAUAAGACGGAAUGGUAUAAACAAAAAGGAAUAAAAAAACAACAAUAAUAAUAAUAAUAAUACUAUAACGUAGUGAUGUGUUCCCAUAAAGGUUAAGAUUAUUCGGCCUCGACACAAACUGACAAAUUACAGUAAAUAUUACAGCAAUAGAUCUGCCAAGUUUGUGAUAGAAACUAACUGGUCGGUCGUUCCAGAUUGCCGUCGACCCAACGCUGGACCCGGUGUUCAACUUUGUUCCAUGUGUUGUUGAUGUUCCCUAUGCUGGGUCGUUCGUGAUGUUCAUGAUACUUGACCGUUAUUAUAAAUAUAUUUGUUCAAUUCCCCCGUGUGAACUCUUGGAUUUUUAUCUCUCUAUGAUUCCUAUGUGUGCCGUUUUUUUAUUAUUAUGAUCUUACUGCCAUAGUUGAAGUGUUCUCUACCAGUGUGUUGAUCACACAUUAUGUUAGGCAAUUUUGUGUUCUUGUUGUAGCAAUAAAUUGACACUAUAUAUAUAUAUAUAUAUGUAUAUAUAUAUAUAUAUAUAUAUAUAUAUAUAUAUAUAUAUAUAUUGUCACUUCUGGUGCCUUUAGGAAUAUCGUCAAAACGUGAUGCUGAUUUGCAAAGGAAUGAUUGGAUGAUAUUCCCAGCAAUCACUAUAAACGUUUGGAAAGUGCGACAUGUGUAAGAGAAUUGAGUGAAUAAAUAACAACUGAGCAUCGGGUUCACGCGGGUCGACUGUUGAUUGUACCAUUUGAUUCCCUGUCCUGCCUGGAUGUUAUUUUUUUGUUACUUCACCAACCAGAAAUUGUGUAUAUUAUGAGUUUUUAUGUAUAUUUAUGCUCCAUAAUGCCUGUAUAAAUCGAUAUAUGACUAAUAUAUUUAGCAAAACCAGAUUAAUACACGAUACUGUUCGCGAGUAUAAAAAAGGAAUGAUCUAGAAAUUUUACUUAUUCUAAGUGCGUUUAAAGAAUUCAUGUUUUCAAAAAAUGUAACAAUUCAGAUGACUGAACAAAAGAUGAUGAUAAAUAGGUGUAUGAGAGAGAGAGAGAGAGAGAGAGAGAGAGAGAGAGAGAGAGAGAGAGAGAGAGAGAGAGAGAGAGAGAGAGAGAGUGAGAGAGAGAGAGAGAAAGAAAGUGAAAGAGCCUGAGUGAUUUAUCAAAACAAUUCAUAACAACAAAUAGAAUAAAACAACAACAACCAAAAGUAGAUAUAUCAACAGAAAGUUAAAAGAAAAGCUAAGUAAGAAAGUAUUUAAGAGAGAGACACCGAGGGAUAGUGAAGUUAGAGUGAAUGUCAAUCUGAUCGUGUGUGUGUUUUUUUUUACCGAGAAUUUUGUUUAUUUUUGUUGCCAUUAGCAUUCACAUUUUUUAAAAAAUUGUUGUCAAGCAGAUUAUUGUGCAGUAUAUUUCCUCUCGGUUUAUCGAAAAAUGCACAAAUGUAACUUGUGAUUAUUUAGAUUAUGAGAGGGAAUUGAUGUAAAUUACCUAUGUAUUUAUUUUUCAUUUCUUAAUUUUAUUUUUUAGAUCAGUUACCCAGCUUAACCCCCCCCCCCUUGCCGCCCCCCCCCAAGAGAAAGAUGAAGAAUUAAGAGGAAAAUGACAUGACAUUUCAUCUGACACAGUGUUCGUGUCAUUAUUUAAAAGCAUUUUUACCCUCUUAUUUCUUAAACUGCACAUAGACCAUCCUUAAACACUGCAAAGAAACACAUUCCGUCAUCAUCGUGAAUCAGAAAUAAAAAGAACAUAAGAAUAUACAAGAAUAUAUACAUAUAUAACAAAAACAAAAAAAAAUUACACUUUAGGUCCCUUUGCCCCGCCCAUACCCCCCCUUCGGCCACGCCCCCCUUACUGGUGAAGAGGGUGUUGUGGCCACUCCCCCCCACCCCCCCCUCCCUUUCGCAACCUAAGAGCCGUUUUUUUGUUUUUUUUUUGGCCGCGGUAGUUAAUAUAAGUAUUUAAAUAGCUUCCUUACCCGAUUUUGGUCGAUUCUUGUCUUUGUUUUUUUGGAGUCUGUUGUAUUUGUUAGGCCGUUUUUGUUCUUUUGUUUCUGGAGUUUUUUUUUGUUUUUGUUUUUAAUGGUUUUUGUUUUAAGUCCUCCCCCCCCUCUCUCUUCCCUCCUAAACCCCCCUUUUUUCAAUACUGGUCUGUGUUUUUUUAUUUGCGAUUUGCAUAAUGGUAAUACAUUUAUGAGUGUUCACUGGCUUUCACAACUGGCUGAUAUAUCUACGUCUUACAGAAUAAUUAUAAAAAAAAAUGUUCCGCACAAGUUUACAUAUUAGAUUUGACAAAAAAAACAUGAAGCUAAAUCAACAAAGAAACCAGCUUUAGCAAAAAAAAAAAAAAAAAAAAAAAUUUCUAGAUCACAAAAUUCUAAAGAAGGAAAAACAAACUCGCGACAUCAAUUCAGUCUAGCGCGCGGUGGCAGCUCUAGUCUAGUUGUUAGGGAAGAAUGAGCUUUACGAUAGGAUAGUUUAAGGGCGAGUUUGUGGAUUGUUAACCUGAUACACCAUCUCUGUUAACUCAGUGAUUCCCGAUUCCCGUUUUCUGUUCUCGCGAGGGAGAGUCCAUUUUCUAUAUGUAUAAGGUUUUGAUCCAAUAGGUUUAAACAAAAAAAUACAAAAAAAUGUCUUACAAAAAAAUCUUUUUUUUUUUUAUUGCCUCAGAUUGAAUAUAUUUUUUAUUCCAUCUCGGGGUACUUAUCAUACCGUUUCUAUACCACAAUUAUUACUUGUUGACCAUCGAAUAAAGAUAUUCUAAUGAAAAAAAAAA